AUGCUGUCACGCCGGGUCGCUAGCGCAGCUCCUCUGCGGCAGGCUGCCGUUGCCGCCCGACGACUCCCCAUGGUCCAGCAGCGGACAUUCAUCCCUCGCCAGAUCAACGAUCCCGCCAUCACCGAGCAGAAAUACCCCGCCUACCCGUCGCUGACCGAGGCCGAGGACCCCAACCAGAACGGUGGCUUCGUCCAGCCUCCCCCGAUCAAGCGGCAGUUCCGCGACCCUCACGCCGACUGGUGGGACAAGCAGGAGAGGAGGAACUACGGCGAGCCCGUCCACGAGGACCACGACAUCCUCGGCAUGUUCACCCCCCACGAGUACACCUGGGUUGCGCCCGGCAAGGGUCUCGUCCAGGUCGCUGUCUUCGUCGCCGCUUUCUGCGGCCUCCUCUUUGUCAUCAAGCAGACCUACCCGGACAAGCCCGUGUACCCGCGAGAAUUUGAGGGUGGUCUGGAACGGGAGCUUGGUGGUUCUGGAGUUCCUCGGGCAAGAGCACCUGGCGACCCUGAACCCUACCAGCAGGAGGAGUAG